AUGUCUGAUUUAUUUUCAUCCUAUGAAAGCGAUUUCCAACUCGCCAUUCAGGACGCUAAGUCAAAGUUAUCAUCUGUUUCAGCUGUAUCAGAAGCAGGACAAAGGAGGCUGGCUUUAAAGUCAAUAGAACACGCUACCGAUGAAUGUUUGGAGUUAUUGGAUCAAAUGAACUUGGAAGUACAGAAUCUACCAUCCAACCAAAAGUCUCAGUACAACACAAAGGUACGUCUGUACAAAACCCAGGUGAAUGAGUGUAAAACCAAGUUAAAACAAUUAUUAGACGACCAGGAUAAGUACGAAUUGUUUGGAAACAGGUAUACUGAUUCAGGCGAUGGGGACGACAUACACGAUGACCAAAGAAAGCUGUUAUUGUCGAACAAUGCGUCGUUGGAAAGAAGUAGUGAACGGUUAAGAGACAGUCAGAGAAUUGCCCUUGAGACCGAGUCCAUUGGAGGAAAUAUCUUGAACGAUUUGAGGGCCCAAAGGGAGCAAAUCAGUGGAGCCAGAAACACAUUGUUGACGGCCGAGGGGUAUGUUGAUAAGUCCAUUCAAACUUUGAAGUCCAUGAGUAGACGAUUGACUGCAAAUAAAUUCAUCAGUUAUGCUAUUAUUGCCGUAUUAAUCAUCUUGAUUUUCUUGGUUCUUGCCAGCAAAUUCUGGUAA